AUGCGGAAUCAAGGAAUUAGUGUGCUGUUCAAUGUCAGCACGGCUUAUUAUGCCCGAAAGUCGUCUCCCGACAUCCAGUUCUUCUUUGACUACCAAAAACUGAUGAAUAUGUCUCAUAAAAAUAUUUCUAGCGUUGUGAUCGCUGGCGGCACUGGGCGUCUCGGCCCAACGACCAUCAAACACCUACUCAAAAACGGGUUCAAAGUCAGCGUGCUGACCCGUAAUCCAUUUCUCGCAAAACUGCCACCAGAAGUCGAUGUUAUCGGAGCAGAUUACACAUCAGCCGAGACUCUAUCGCCAAGCCUCGUAGGUCGCCGGUUCGAUGCCAUUGUCAUUAUUCUCAACCGCCUUGCCUACGAUGCCUCGGUGGUUACGAUGCAAGCAGCCGCCAACGCUGGUAUUUAUCGCGCCAUCCCAUCAUUUUUUGGUGUCUCGCUCGAUAAUCCGGAGAUAGCCAACAUGCCAUUCAUGAAAACCAAGCUACCGGUUCUGAACGACGUCUUGGCAAAGGCUGAGAAGGGCGAGAUCACAUACACAGGUAUCAACACCGGCAUGUUCCUCGACUGGGUGCUCGAUGAAGACAUAUUUGUUGGUUUAUCGGGCAAGGCACCGACUCGCAUUGCGGAUGGGGGAGACAUCCCCAUGUCUGCUACUACUCUCGAUGAUAUCGGUAAAGCAAUCUCUGCCGUGCUCUUGAAGCCCGAAGAGACUGUCAAUAAGUUGUACUAUAUACAUACUGUGGUCAUGACACAGAAUCAGGUCUUGGGUUAUGCCCAUGAGGCUGCUCCAGGGGUGAAUUUUGCCGUUGAACAAGUUGAUACGAAGGUGUUGGUCAAAGCUGCGUGGAAGCGGUACAACGAAGGAAUACGAGACCGGGUUUCAGUGAGGGACUUUGUUAUCAGAGCGAGUUAUGGUAUGGGGAAUGGAUUCUUUCCAAAGACUGAUAAUGAGUUUCUGGAAAUUAGACAGUGGAGCGAUGAGAAACUGAAGGAAGAGAUAUUCAGGCGCGUGAAGGCUACUUCGCUUGAUGGUGUCAAGACUGCGGAAGAGUAA